AGCUCAAUCAUCAAUAGAUAGUUUUAUCAAACAUUCCCCCCCCCCCCCCCCCCCCCCCACCACUCUAUACAGGUGAAUGUCUCUUCAAAUCUCAGAAGAAAAUUUGGCAACUUAUGAUGAUAGUAACAAGACAACAUUAGUUGUUGUGAGGCAAUACGAUGAAGAGAAGGACAAGGUGGCUGUGGAAGAAUUGGAGGGACAGUGUGAUUUUGGACAACGAGGGCAGCCAUCGUUGUUCACUGACCUCAUGGGUGACCCCAUUAGUCGUAUUCGCAAUCUCCCCUUACAUGUCAUGCUGGUAGCUGAGUGUGGAGAAGAUGGAGAAAUCGUUGGGAUAAUUAGAGGGUGUAUAAAGACUGUGACAAGAGGAAACAAAGGUUCAACUCCAUGUCCAGUUUAUGUAAAGAUUGCUUAUAUUCUUGGCCUGAGAGUUUCAUCUCAACACAGGAGGCUUGGCAUUGCAACAAAACUAGUUGAGAAAAUAGAAGAAUGGAGCAAAACAAAUGGUGCAAAAUAUGCUUAUAUGGCCACGGACAGCAACAACGAAGCUUCGAUCAAACUAUUCACAUCAAAAUGCAAUUACGCGAAAUUUCGUGCUCCUUCAGUGCUGGUACAGCCAGUUCAUGCUCAUUACAAGCCUAUUGCAUCUGACAUUGCCAUCGUUAGAGUUUCACCACAGCUCUCUGAGUCAUUCUAUCGACGUAUUUUCGCUAGCUCAGAGUUUUUCCCUAGAGAUAUAGAUGAUAUCCUUGACAACAAGCUUAAUUUAGGUACUUUCAUGGCUGUACCAAAGAAAACACUCCUAAAUUGGGACCCAAAAAGUGGAUCUUUUCCAUCAACUUUUGCUAUACUAAGUGUUUGGAACACUAAGGAAGUUUACAAGCUACAAGUGAGAGGCAUAUCGUCGCUAAAAUAUGCUGCUUGUCUAGGCUCUAGGGUUUUGGACUCAUGGAUGCCAUGGCUAAGGGUACCUUCGAUUCCUAAUAUAUUUAAGACGUUUGGGUUUUAUUUGUUGUAUGGUAUUCACAUGGAAGGUAAAUACGGUCCAAGGCUCAUGAAAUCACUUUGCGCGUUCGCGCAUAACAUGGGGAGAAAGGAUGGAGAGUGUCGUCUAUUAGUAUCUGAAGUUGGACUUGACGAUCCUGUUAGAGAGGCAAUUCCAAGGUGGAACAAGUUUUCAUGGGGAGAUUUGUGGUGCAUGAAGAAACUUGAUGUGAGCGAAUGUCAUGAGGAUGAUGAUUGGGUGGAGUCUCAAGCUUCUUCUUCAUCAGCCAUUUUCGUUGAUCCUCGUGACUUCUAGCUAAUUAGGUUUGAUAGGUUUGCAUGGAGUUCUAGAUAAGCUUAAUUAUGAGUAAUUGUAUAUUCCAUCCCCCAAAAAAUGGAGAAAAAAAAAAAGUGAGAGGAGGAAAUGAUUCUAUCCAAUUUUAACCAACCCAAUGUCUCCGACAUCAUUUUGCCUAUUCUAAAACGAAUCUCAUCUUUU